AGCCACAGGCACUGAAGUAGGUGUUGGCGCUACUCUAAUUACUACUUUCCCGAGCACUUUGGUGAAGAAAUGAAUCCCGCCCAGCUCGCCGGUCCACCCAGGUCUCGGUUCUGUUUUGUUCUCCAGACUCAUCUCCGGGAAAGCCAGAUCAAGGGAGACAGCCAGCCAGCGGCUGGAUUAGGACUCUGAGCCCUGCGCAGCCCGUGCCCGAGCAGGUCAGCCCCGAACCCUCGAAGGACUCCUCACUCUUGUCAUCCUGCCUCAGGGAAAUCGCAGUCCGGGGAGGCAGCUGGAGCCAAACGGGCAGCAGGUUUAAAUGUUUAUUUGGCUCCUUGGCUACUGAUUACAGAACACAAAAUGAAUAACUCGACAAACUCUUCUAACAGUGGCCUGGCUCUGACCAGUCCAUAUAAGACAUUUGAAGUGGUGUUUAUUGUCCUUGUGGCUGGAUCCCUCAGCCUGGUGACCAUUAUCGGGAACAUCUUGGUCAUGGUCUCCAUCAAAGUCAACCGCCACCUGCAGACCGUCAACAAUUACUUCUUGUUCAGCUUGGCCUGUGCCGACCUCAUCAUUGGUGUUUUCUCCAUGAACUUGUAUACCCUCUACACUGUGAUUGGUUACUGGCCUUUGGGACCUGUGGUGUGUGACCUUUGGCUCGCCCUGGACUACGUGGUCAGCAAUGCCUCAGUGAUGAAUCUGCUCAUUAUCAGCUUUGACAGGUACUUCUGUGUCACAAAACCGCUCACCUACCCUGUCAAGCGGACCACGAAAAUGGCAGGUAUGAUGAUUGCAGCAGCCUGGGUCCUCUCCUUUAUCCUCUGGGCUCCGGCCAUUCUCUUCUGGCAGUUCAUUGUAGGUGUGAGAACAGUGGAGGACGGGGAAUGCUACAUUCAGUUUUUUUCCAAUGCUGCCGUCACCUUUGGCACUGCCAUUGCAGCCUUCUACUUGCCAGUGAUCAUCAUGACUGUCUUAUACUGGCACAUUUCCCGAGCCAGCAAGAGCAGGAUCAAGAAGGACAAGAAGGAGCCUGUGGCCAACCAAGACCCAGUGUCUCCAAGUCUGGUCCAAGGGCGGAUAGUAAAACCGAACAACAACAACACGCCCGGCAGCAAUGAUGGCCUGGGACACAACAAGAUCCAGAAUGGCAAGGCCCUCAGAGAUGCUGGGACUGAGAACUGUGUGCAGGGGGAGGAGAAAGAAAGCUCCAACGACUCCACCUCCGUCAGUGCUGUGGCCUCUAACAUGAGAGAUGACGAAAUAACCCAGGAUGAAAACACGGUCUCCACUUCCCUGGGCCAUUCCAAAGAGGAGAACUCGAAGCAAACAUGCAUCAAAAUUGUCACCAAGACCCCAAAAGGGGACUCAGGUACCCCAAGCAACACCACUGUGGAGCUAGUUGGUCCUUCAGGUCAGAAUGGAGAUGAGAAACAGAACAUUGUCGCUCGCAAGAUUGUGAAGAUGACCAAGCAGCCUGCAAAGAAGAAGCCUCCUCCCUCCCGGGAAAAGAAAGUGACCAGGACAAUCUUGGCUAUUCUGUUGGCUUUCAUCAUCACGUGGGCCCCAUACAACGUCAUGGUGCUUAUUAACACCUUCUGUGCACCCUGCAUCCCCAACACAGUGUGGACCAUUGGCUACUGGCUUUGUUACAUCAACAGCACCAUCAACCCUGCCUGCUAUGCACUUUGCAAUGCCACCUUCAAGAAGACCUUUAAGCACCUUCUCAUGUGUCAUUACAAGAAUAUCGGCGCAACAAGGUAAAACUUCUUCGGGGUGAAGGAAAGUGGUCAAGGGGAAAGUGGGAAAAAGAAAAGGGGUAAAAGAGCUCAUUGCAAAAUCUCUGCCACUGCACUUUAUAGUCUUAUCAUGGACGUGCAAUUAAGAAGCCCAACAGCGACACUCAUAUCGUGCCUAUGCUCGUCUGAGAAACUGGCACCUUAGAAACCCUGUCAGUGCAGGAGCAGGCGACCGUGAAGGCGACACGUUGGAAUUGUGGACUUAAGGAGUGAUCUGCAUUUUCUCAGUCUCUUGAGAAGGGCUUCUGAAUCUACAAUUUUAUCAGUCUCUGCACAAGAAGAAUAACCUCGCUCCUUUUUGUUAUUGUUCCGUGUUUACGUGUGGAUGGAAGGCCAUGGUCAGAAGCUCACACGGAACCUUAAAAAAAUAGACACAUACUACAAUGGGGAAGGAAAAAAGAAAACGGGUGUAGGAACAAUCUCGAGUGCUAAGCAUAUAUUAUUUUUCUGUUAUGGUUUUACUUGGAGGAUUGCAAUGUAAUAAAUGCUUAUUUUUUUACCUUACCCUUUUCCCCCUUCAAAAGCAAGCAAAGAAACAAAAACCCAACUAGAUCACAUUAUUUUUCUCGUUAUGGGAUUUGCUUUUAUAUUGUUCUACACUGUGUAAGGACAGAUUAUAGAGGACUUUCACUAAAUCCAACCAGAGACAGCCAAGAAAAGGGGCAUUUCACCCCUGUCUAUUGUGUGCUUUGCAUUCUUUGAGGGUAUACAAGCUUAUAAAGAUGUAGUUUACUUAUGAUCCUUAAUGGGAAAUGGUUUCCCCAAUGUGGUUUUCUCCCAAACUACCCUCUUAUUUUAAUAGACUAAUAGACUAACCUCCCUAAUACAUAAACAUACUUGAGAAGCCAAAGCGAUUUUAUUAAAUUGAGGUUUCAUCAAGUUCAAUAAUGGUCAUUCCACUUGGAGAAAAUUAACGGAGGCCAGAAGAAUUUUGAGCUAAGAAAAUGAAAGGUCGAAAGGGCAUUCUGCUUCAACAUGAAUCUGCCUGACCCACUUAUGAAAUGCUAACUUGUAAAACAUGAACUCCUGGCCUUUGUCAGCAGAAAAAAGAUGUUGUUGGUUUUUUCAUUUGGAAUUCUGAAUAGGAUUAACAUACUCAUCUGGCCCCAGGGACUUCUGGGUCAGUGUCAAGAGAUUAAGACUUUCUUCUCAAUGCCUUCUGAAAGCCAAUCUUCAAUUCAUAGUCACGUGAGGUUGUUUGUAACCAUCCUGUGACCCAAUAAAGGGGAAAAAAGUAAUUCAAAAACAUUUACUGAAACCACAUGUUCCAUAUUCCUCAAAUUGUCAAUUCUCCCUAAAAUUUUUUAACUGCAAAAUUCUAUCAGGAGAAGCAUAGUAACCCUUGCCACAGACAUGCAGGAGAUAACUUCAGUAGAGGCCAGAGGAGCCCAGAAGAAUCUGAGACAAGAAUGUAGGUAGUUGCACCCACAGCACUUCUCACAUUUCUCUAAUUCUAGACUAUAACAAGGUCGUGUCAGGAGCUAAUACCUAAAUAGUGGCUUUAAAGAACCUUAUUCAUGUAGAGACUUUUUAUUUUGUACCCCAAAGAAACGUUUAAUUCUGUUGUUCACCUUUAACUAGCUAUGUUUAUUCCUCUCUCGUUUCACAAUGGUCGCUGUCAUCUUCCAGUGAGAUUCUCCAAAAGAUGACCCCAUCAACAGAAAUAGAAGUUCUAAGAGCCUUUUCAAAUUUCAUGUUUUGCCUUAGGAACUUUAUCUUGACCAGUAAUGCCUAUGUGAGGUGGAUGAUGAAUUUGUCAGUGUUAGACCUUAGCACUUUAAUUAGUUAUUUUGGGUGACUUGCCUCAUUGGUGGCAGGCCAGCAAUUCUGAGAGUUCAACAAAAGCACAACGGAAACAGUCGGGAAGCAGUAAAUUGCCAACAGUAUUUGUACUUGACUUACCCUUUAGAACAAUAACUUUCUUCCUGAAUAACUUCAGUCAUUUCCCCCCCAAAAUCUUACUUAUACAAACAGCCUCCCUCCAGACAGAUUCUGUUACAUGACAAUUACAUCAGUGUAAACUUUUACAUUUUAAACUCAUGUCUAUUUUUUUUUCCUUCAAAUCAAUGAAUAAAUUGAGUUGUAGGAACCUGAAAGUAAUGGAGUGUUGGGUUCCCUAUAUACAAAACAAUUGAUUGGCUGAAUACUUCACUUACUGACUUGGACUAUGAUGACGUGGAUUCAGCUUCAGGCAAAUGAACUGAAUUCAAGGCUUCAAGGAUUCAAGGCUUGUGGCUUCCUGAUUUGAGUCUCUUCUACGUAACAAUCACACUCUGAGUUAACCACACCCUCUCUUUUGCUCCUUUUGUGUCUGCCCUUUGGCACAGCAACCACACCAGUAUUGAAAGAGAAACCAUCAGGAUUAAAGAAAGGAACUGAAGAUAGCCUGACACUUUGUGGAAGCUUUAUCAACCCAAGUCAAACAAUGGAAAACUACUGAAAAUGGUCGAUGAUUAGAAAGAUACGGAGACUGUAGUCCAUGCUUUGCAUUAACCGCUGCUGGAUUUGUCUAUGUCAGUGGCUCUCAACCAGGGAUGAUUUUGCCCCCCCCCAAGGGAUGUUUAACAAUAUGUGGAGACAUUUUUUGGUCAUCAUAACUGGUAGGGAGAGCUAUUGGCAUCUGGUGGAUAGAGGCCAGAGAUGCUGCUAAAAAUCUUGCAAUGCACAGGGUGCCCACCGUGCCCCCUGGCAAAACAAAAAAAUUAUUUCGCUCAAAAUGUCGGUAGUGUUGAAGUCGAGAAAACCUAGUCUACUUCAAGGGAUUCUAGAGCUUGCUUUGUAUAAGUGAGUAAAUAAUCCUGUACCACUAUUGGAAUACCAAUGCGAAUUGCUCACCUGUUUGAAAAAGCUAAUGCCCACCAGUCAGGUAUGAGACACGCUGUGAUCCAUGGAGUCUGGUGUGUUUAUGCUUCAUAGACUGGGAACACAGGCAAUGUCCACACACCCAGAAUCACCAGAACAGACACACUGCAUGCUGUUUCCAGCACCUUACUGUCCAAUCACAAUUUCCACAGAGUGUGGUCAAUUGAGAUUUCAGUCGCUGGCCAUUAAAAUGGUUGCACUGAUGUGGUCAGUUUCUAUAGGAGCUGACCUUUGUCCUUUCAAAACCAUGAAGAGCCUCUUUCAGAAACCGUGUCAUUCAUCUCCUUUGUUUUACUGGAAAGGGGAAUAUCUAUCAAGAAUUUUUUCUCAUAGCAAUAAUGUAAAUAUCACGGAAUGGUCUUGAAGACGAGGUGAUUCAAAAUGUGAAAAGGCCAGGUCAUUCCUUAAAAAAAAAGAAAGAAAUGGUUCUCCUUUUACCAGUUCACCGUGAAUUCAAUGGCCAACCCCAGGUGUGAGAAAAGUACAUAGUAAGUCAUUUUACAUUUGGCAAAAUGCAUAGAGUGCACAACACCAUGAAUGAACCCUAAUGUCCACUACAGACGUUGGGUGAAAAACGAUGUGUCAAAAUAGAUGCAUCCACCAGAACAAACGUCCCACUCGGAGGUGGGGUGUUGACAGAAGGGUGCGGCCAUGCUUGUGUUGGGGAUCAGAGGGUAUACGGCGACUCUCUGUACCAUUCACUCCAUUUUGCUGUGCACCUAAAACCGCUCUAAAAAAUAAAGUCUUUGAAAAAGUAAUAACAACAAGUAAAAUCCAAGUCACAAAUACAUCACGUGACACAAGCUUUCCAGUCCGGAUUCGGAAGCUGGAAGUCCCACCUGCUUCUCCUCUUUGUCCACUCACUGCUUUCUUGAUCCUGCAGAUCAGACAUGGGGGGAGAUGGGAGUUCAAACUGAUGACAACGUUCAUGUUGAGAUUCGAUCUACUUUUAUUUUCUCCUACUUAGUUCAUUGAUAGUUGCCCUUUCCCCAGUUUGAUAAUCUCCCUUCCAACAACCACAGCACUGGUGUCACAAAUAGGGGAAGUACCCAAAGCUGGAUGAAUUGUGAAAAGUGUAUUUUCAGCAUGUAUAUAUAAUACCAUGCCUCCCCAAUAUGCUUCUCUUAAAAGGGUGCACGCCGCAGCAUGAACUGUGUGCAUAUUUAAUGUAUCUUCCUGGAAUAUGCUGUAUGCUUACUAUACAUACUCUAUAAAUAAAGUAAUGAAAUGUAUAAUAGAAAUACAUAUUUCUGUAUGCAAAUAAAUAUAUUAUACACAAAAUCUUCAUAUGCACUAUGGUGUAUGUUGCUUCAGAGUACGCAAUGAGAUUUUACGCGUCCACUUUUCAAAAAAGGAGAAUUCGUUUUUGGAGGAAGAGGUGUGAGAAUGACCAAAAUUUUUAUCCAUGUUACUACUAAACUAUUUUAUCCUCUUUGAAAACAUGGCGUUUGAUUUUAAGUAUCUCCUGAAAGAAUAUAUUAAUAAAUCUUUGCCGACAUCA